GUUUGGUCAGUGCCGACUUAGAUCUUUUUGAGGGAGAAUUUAACGAUAAAUUUUUACAAAUUAAUGUUGAGACAGUAAACAUAGAAAUGGGUAAUGAAUUGGCAAUAGAGCAGUUUUUUGAUAUCGGAAUGCUUGAACGAAAUCAAAAAGAGAUAAUUGAAAAUGAUCAAAUUAUUAAUUCUCAAAGACCUACCAGUAAUACUAAUGAAGAUUGGUCG